AUGGCCGACAUCUACAACCCGCCCGUGUCGUCGUAUCCCUCACCCCUCAAGGGCUACGAGAAUGCCGAGCCUUUGGGUAGUGAGAUGAACGAGGAUGGAAAGAGCCUGAAGAACGCACAGACUGGUGUCAAGAGCGAGGCCUACACCCGUUUCACCGAGCCUCUUGACAACGGUAUCAGAGGCGGCUUUGAUGUUCACAUCUACUAUUUUCAGUCAAAUCCUGAGCAGGUCAAGUAUGCUCGUGAGCUGUUUGAACGUGUCCGCCACGAGUUCCCCGAACUGCGCAUCUACAGCAUCUUUGAGGGCCCCAUAGGUCCGCACCCGAUCGCCAUGUUUGAGGUCAACCUCUUGAGCCCGGCAGAGUUCGGCGCGUUCAUCCCCUGGCUCUCCGUGUGGAGAGGGCCCCUGUCGGCGCUGGUGCAUCCCAACACCGUUGUAGCGGAGGGUACGAGCAAGGCCGAGAGGGCGGUAGAGAUGAGGAAGGACCACACCACAAGGGCACUCUGGAUGGGCCCUGAGGUCCCGCUGGAUGCCUCCGUUUUUGAGAGGAUGGCUUCCUCCCCGAAGGACACUGUUGCCGGCGAACGGCUUAUCAUCCGCACAGAUAUGCUCAACACAAGCAACUCCUUUGUCUUUGAUGUACAUAAAAUGAAUACAGUCGCCAUGGAAGAUGAAAAGAUCAACCUCUUGGUAGCUGCCAAUGGCCUCAAGGAGGUCGCCCAGGCCCAGGCCAUCGCGGUGCGCCUGUCCAAGGAACCCAAGAUCGCGAUCACGGUCCUGGUUGAUGACCUGACCCACCGGCUCAUCCAAGAGUUCCCCGCGCACGUCAACUCUCCCAUAACCCUGACGCAGAGCGUCCAGGCAACCGAAGACAUCCGGAGGAAGGCACACGACUUGGCCGCGUGGGCGGACCUCCUCGUGGUCGUACCCCUGGGAGCGAACCAGCUGGCGCAGCUCGCGCUGGCCUUCACUGGCGAUGUGCUCUCGGAGGUCCUGCGUGCCUGGGACGUGUCGAAAAGAGUCAUCGUUGCCCCAGGCAUGACGAGCCAGGUCUGGAACCAGCCGGCCACAGAGGAACACAUGGCCAAGGUGAACAAGAAAAUGCCGUGGAUCCGUUUGGUGCCGCCCAUCUUGUGGGGGUUUGACGAGGCGAGUUUGGACUCCAACGGCCGGCCCAUGGCUCGAUGGGACAGCUUCAACGACGUCGUGAGGAUGAUCAAGAACCACGCAGAUAUGGCCACCCUGGGCAGCGGCUGGGUCAACUGGCCGUCGAAAUUGCCUUUGAUCGAGAUGGUCCCCACGAACACGAAGCUGCCUCCUGAGAUAUGGAGCAUGGUGAUGGAGGAACUGGGCGACUGGGAGUUGGCGCAGACAUUGGGGGUUCCUGCGAACCUUCCGUUCCCCAGCGAGCUGGGAUGGCAUAAAGAGCCCCAUAACCCACACGACCCAACCCAGGUCUUCAUGCAUGAACUCGAGUGGACAUUGCUGAGUGCUGAUGAAGAUGCUAUAUGCAAGAAGCUGUCUGAAUCUCCAGAGCCCCUCGAGGAGAUCUCGGCCCUCGCUCUGAAGCUCGUUCUCCGCUACUCUCUGAUUCGAGUCCUCACCGUCCUCGAACACCACCAUCCUCUAGUCUUCAGGCACAUGAACCAGUCAUACAUACCUUGGAAGGCGGCUGGCGUCUAUGGUCGGACGGAUGUCCUUGACUGGUGGUCCAAGGCAAGCUGCUUCCAGGACCUGCAAUGGGACAGGCGUGCGCUCGACACCGCCUCCAGCAACGGCUAUGUGCAUGUGUUGGAGUGGUGGAGGCAGUCCGGGCUGGCGCUCAAAUACAGCGAAGCAGCAAUGGAACUUGCCACUCUCCACCGGCACAGCGCAGUCCUGGAAUGGUGGCGAGGCCUCGCUCUCAAAGACCCGGAGGUCCCGCUCAAGUCGGGGAGGUCUCUGACGUACGCCGUGUCAGUGGGCGACCCGGCGAUGUUCAGGAUGCUCAUGGAGAGUGCGGUCGGGACGGCGGACCGGCGCAUCGGGGUCUGGGAGGCUUCGGAUUGGGGCAACGUCGAGCUGCUGAAUGUCUGUCGCGAGGUUAUGAAGGACGAGGAUCUGCUGUAUGGCACAGAGCACAUCCUGGACGAGCCCACGCGCCGAGGUCACUUUCCCGUCCUGGAGUGGUGGAAGGACUACGCUCUUGGGGAGCCCCCGGGCAUGAACGGGAAGAGGGCCAAGAAGGUUGGCUACAGGAUUGCAGACAUACUCGACGGCCUGGAGGACGUCAGGACAAGGAACAAAGGCAGAGCUCCAACGAGGGAUUGGUGGACUCGAACCUGGCGCGAUGUCGACACAAGGGACGCGCAUAGGUGGAGCAUCCUUAUGACCACAUACUCUGCGUUCGUCUCUUUUCGUCUUUCUAGAAAGACAACUCACCCUCCCGAUAGAAGCCCCCCUGCCCACCCUGGACUUAACACCCAGGACGGUGCCCUCCCCGACGAAAGUGCCGCCCGUCUCGACCACGGCGCCGACCUCGACCGUGACAAAGUCGGCCAGCGUCACGCUGCCCUCCGCGCCGCCGGGCCCCGGGGUGGCGCCGACGUGCGAGCGCUCGUGGACGAUGCACCGGCGGCCGAUGUUGACGGGACCCGAGGCCGAGUCGAGGCGGGCGCGCGGGUGGAUGACGCUCUCGGAGCUGAUAGUAAUAGGGUAGGAGCCGACGAGGAUGGACGAGUCGGCGACGGUGAUGUUGGACGCGAAGUGCGCGGGGGCCUUGGGGCCGGCUGUCCCGCUCGAGGGCAUCAUGGACUGGCGGCGGGCGGCGCUGGAGGCGGCGGCGGCGGCGGCGGAGGAGGAGGAGGCCGAGGCGGACAUCUUUCCAAUUCCAUCCGGCAAACUCACGCACCAAGCCGUUCGACCACGAAAGCAUCAACCGACCGCUCGAUUGGGGCUUCUACACGGCCAAUUCUGCCACCACCAGCAGCAACCAUGUUGUCGAGGACUGCAGCACCGUCAAAGGCCUCGGCCAAGACGCUGUCGCGGGUCUGCGUGGCCCAGCAGCAGUCGAGAAACUUUGCGACCGUCCAGGAUGGCACGCCGGCCAAGCGAACCUACGGCGGCCUCAAGGACCAGGACCGCAUCUUCCAGAACCUCUACGGCCGCUAUCCGCCCGACCUCAAGCACGCCAAGAAGAUGGGCGACUGGCACAAGACCAAGGAGAUCAUCCUCAAGGGCCACGACUGGAUCAUUGGCGAGGUCAAGGCCUCCGGCCUGCGAGGACGAGGUGGUGCCGGUUUCCCCUCGGGCCUGAAAUGGUCAUUCAUGAACUUCAAGGACUGGGACAAGGACACCAAGCCCCGAUACCUGGUUGUCAACGCCGAUGAGGGAGAGCCCGGCACCUGCAAGGACCGCGAGAUCAUGCGAAAGGACCCCCACAAGCUUGUCGAAGGCUGCCUGAUCGCCGGCCGAGCCAUGAACGCCACCGCUGCCUACAUCUACAUCCGUGGCGAGUUCGUCUACGAGGCCGCCGUCCUCCAGAACGCCAUCAACGAGGCCUACAAGGAGGGUCUCAUUGGCAAGAACGCCUGCGGCUCCGGCUACGACUUCGACGUCUACAUCCACCGCGGUGCCGGUGCCUACGUGUGCGGUGAGGAGACCUCCCUGAUUGAGUCCCUCGAGGGCAAGCCCGGAAAGCCCCGUCUCAAGCCGCCAUUCCCCGCUGCCGUCGGUCUCUUCGGCUGCCCCUCCACCGUUACCAACGUCGAGACCGUCGCCGUCGCCCCGACUAUCUGCCGCCGCGGUGGCAACUGGUUUGCUAGCUUCGGCCGUGAGCGCAACCAGGGCACCAAGCUCUUCUGCAUCAGCGGCCACGUCAACAACCCCUGCACCGUGGAGGAGGAGAUGUCGAUCCCCAUGCGCGAGCUUAUCGAGAAGCACUGUGGCGGUGUCCGCGGUGGCUGGGACAACCUCCUCGCCGUCAUUCCUGGUGGCUCGUCCACCCCCAUCCUCCCCAAGAGUGUCUGCGACGACCAGCUCAUGGACUUUGACGCCCUCAAGGACAGCCAGUCCGGUCUGGGUACCGCCGCCGUGAUCGUCAUGGACAAGAGCACCGAUGUCGUCCGUGCCAUCAGCCGUCUCAGCCACUUUUACAGGCACGAGUCCUGCGGCCAGUGCACGCCGUGCCGCGAGGGCAGCAAGUGGACCGAGCAGAUCAUGAGCCGUUUCGAGAAGGGCCAGGGCCGGGAGCGCGAGAUCGACAUGCUCCAGGAGCUGACGAAGCAGGUCGAGGGACACACUAUUUGCGCUCUGGGAGAGGCUUUCGCCUGGCCCAUCCAGGGUCUGAUCCGCCACUUCCGGCCCGAGCUCGAGGCUCGGAUGCAGAAGUUUGCUCAGGAGAACGGCGGCGCGGCGCUGGGUGGUGGCUGGGCGCACAACACGAGGCAGCAGGGCAAGCUGGUCGCCCCGGGACAAUAG